ACACUCUCUGCAACUCAUAACAGCCAUGGCUAUUAAUUAUGGUCUUCACUCCCAUACGGAUCUGUAUUCUAUAUAAUAAUAUAUUUACGUAUGUUUGCAGGCCCCAGGCGAUUCACGGGCUGCUUGGCUGCCACCUUUUGGACGUACGCAGUGAAGUGCGCGCCCAUGCAAAGAUCAGAGUUUUUAAUGUCUCUCUGCGCAAUUUUGACUCAGGAAAAGUCCAAAACGAGGGGCUUUUAAAGCGACUGCGGCGUGCAGGACGAUGAGAAGCGACCAAAAAGUCUCAUCAGAGAGUCCAAAUGCUGGAGCGCCAAAAGGGGUUUGAUGAUAUAUACAGUAACGGUACGAGCAUAUAUACAGAGGGUUGGGAGGAUAUAUACACUGUACGAGCACGCCCACUCCAAUCCGGUAGAUUUACUUGAGUGUCUUGAGAAAUAUGGCUGUGUUUGGUGACUUUUUCUGUUUAUGCAAUUGCAUGAUCGAUUGAUGUACGACGACACUGCCCACUAAGUCACUGUGCCCGGUGACUUUUUGCUCAGAUCUUUUUCUGUUUGGAGGAUGCUGUUUUCCAAUGCGCUGAAAAUUGUGUCUUUUUAGUGCCAAUGAUAUAUUUUGGUCAUCAGCCUUCCUUGCUCGUUCGUCUGUCUGUAGCUUCUGUUUCUUGUUCUUUUGAAGACCCUCUUUCUUCGUCUGUAGCAACUGUAUUUAGACCUUCGGAAGGCCUUCUUUCUUCGUCUGUAGCAUCUGUAUCUUGUUCUUUUUAAGGCCAUUGUUCUUCGUCUGUCUAGUUCUUCUGAAAGCCCUCUUUCUUCGUCUGUAGCAUCUGUAUCUGGCUAUUUUGAUUUGAAGGCACUCUGUCUUCGUCUGUAGCAUCUGUAUCUAGCCCCCCUUUGAAGGCCAUAUAUUUUCGUCCGUAGCAUCUGUAUCUGGCUAUUUUGAUUUGAAGUGGACAUUUUUCUUCGUCUGUAGCAUCUGUAUCUGGCUACUUUCAAGAUGGCUGUGGAGAUUUAGAAAUAGAUUUUAAAAAAAGGAGGAGUUUUGAAAAGAAAAAUAAUGGGGAAAAACGGCGUUGGAGGCGUUUUAUUUGCUGCGGUGCUGCUGUUUUCGUUUAGGUUUUGUGACGCCGGGAAGAGUGAGGUGGAAAGCUUGAUGGAGUUCAGGAGGUAUAUCGGCGACCCUGGUGGUUUUCUGGCGACUUGGAAGUCGUCGGACGGGAGCCCUUGUGCGUGGAAGGGCAUCAAAUGCACCGUCGACGGCGCCGUGAGCAUGGUCGAUUUAGAGGGCAUGAAUUUGACGGGCAGUUUCUCGGCGGACAUCUGUGGUUUGUUGAACCUGACUGAGCUUAACCUUGGGGCCAACAAUUUUAACCAGACGAUGCCGCUCGAAAUAAGCCGGUGCCAGAGCUUGACGACGCUUAACCUGAGCGGCAACUAUAUCUGGGGGACGGUGCCAGAGCAGAUUUCCGACCUGGAAUCGCUGCAGGUUUUAGACCUCGGCGGGCUGUGUUUAGAAGGCCGGAUACCGGUUGCGCUGGUGGGGAUGAGAGGGCUCAGGGUUUUGAACCUUGCCGGUAACUGGUUUAGCGGUCCUGUGCCGUCGGAACUCGGGAACCUGACGGAGCUUCAGGUGCUGGAUCUGUCGGGGAAUGAUCGGCUCGGCCCCGGUUCGAUCCCCGUUGAGAUCGGACAGCUUGCAAAAUUAGAGGAGCUGCAUUUGUCCAUGGCGGCGUUCACGGGUCGAAUCCCCAGCGAGCUAGGAAUGUUAAAGUUGCUGAGGGUGCUGGACCUGUCGCAGAAUAAUUUAAGUGGCUCCAUUCCGAGCGAGCUCAUGGGGCUGCAGCGUCUGCAUUACUUGCGUCUGGAUCAUAACGCGUUGAGCGGGGAGAUACCAGCUUCCAUAUCGAAUCUGAGCGCGCUCAGAGUGCUGGAUUUGGGGAAAAAUGAGCUGAGCGGCCAGAUUCCUCACGAUAUUUCAGAGCUCUAUGACCUCGAGGUUCUGGCGCUCUACAUGAACCAGCUCGCGGGCCCUUUACCACCAGGUAUUGUGAAUCUUAAAAAACUCUUGGUAGUGUUGAUUCACACGAAUAUGCUGACAGGCACACUUCCUCCAGAGCUUGGGCUCAAUGCUAGCUUCACCUCCUUUGAAAUCUCGCUUAACAAUAUCCGGGGUCCAAUUCCCCCGAAUCUCUGUCACGGAGGUCAGCUACAGAACUUGAGUCUUCACACCAACCAUUUUUCAGGGCCAAUUCCCCAGUCAUUUAGCCAAUGCCACAGUCUCGUCAGGCUCACUCUGCAAAACAAUGAACUUUCUGGAGACUUCCCCAAUGGUCUCUGGUCAGCUCCCAAUAUGACCAUCAUUAGACUGGAAAACAACAGAAUCUCUGGCACCAUUACUCCUGAAAUUAGUCAGGCCUCACAGCUAGCUCAGAUUCAGAUCGAUAACAAUCAAUUUAGAGGCACCUUCCCUCCUGAAUUAAGCCAGCUUCAGAGCUUGUACAAGCUCUCGGCUUCCCAGAACCUUUUCACAGGCAACUUCCCCCCAACGAUAUGCAAUUGCCCUGUUUUGAGUAUCAUCAAUGUUUCACAGAAUUUAUUGUCAGGCAAACUUGCGGAAUUCAGUAGUUGCAAGAAGUUGGUAUCGAUUUCUUUUGCGGAGAACAACCUUGAGGGCGAAAUUCCCCCUUCUCUAGGGACCCUUCCUGUGCUUACAUACCUUGAUUUGUCAACCAACAAGCUCACGGGCAAUAUCCCUUCCCAGCUGGCAAAUCUCAAGCUUGUAUUGCUCAAUCUCUCUUUCAAUAGGCUAUCAGGCAGGGUCCCCGCUUCUCUGAUUUCAAGUUUGCCCGCAUCAUACUUAGAAGGAAACCCCGGCCUCUGUGGAACAGGACUGUCCAAGCCCUGCACCUCAAAGUACUUAGAUCAAUCUGGGCACAAUCACAAGCACCCUGUCAUUCUGAUAUGGACCCUUAUCACUGUAUUUUUGGCCGCUGGAAUCAUAUUUGUCUUGGGGUUGAUUCUCAUACACAGAUCCUGGAAUAGACUUGGGUACAAUCCUGGAAAGCCAACAUGGAAUACUGCAUCGUUUUGCCACUUGGGGUGUGAUGAAGACGAGAUUGUCUCAAAGCUAGACGAGAAGAAUGUUGUGGGAAGUGGAGGUUCUGGCAAGGUCUACAAGGUUAUAUUGCCUGGUGGCGAGCCUGUGGCAGUAAAGAGGCUAUGGAAAGCAGGCAAGGUAGGGGGAGGAAGACAGGCUGGUAUCCUCAAGACUGAGAUUGAGACGCUAGGCAAGGUUUGCCACAGGAACAUUGUGAAAUUGCUUUGUUGCAGCUCCAGUGAAGAAACAAGUAUUCUAGUGUAUGAAUUUGUGCCAAACGGUAGCUUGGCUGAUGUUCUGCAUUCUUCUUCAGAUGUUGUUUUGGAUUGGCCUCUACGGUUUAAAAUUGCCAUGGGAACAGCCCAGGGGUUGGCCUACCUGCAUCAUGAUUAUGAGCCACAGGUCCUUCACAGGGAUAUCAAGUCAAACAAUAUACUUUUAGAUUCCAACUAUGAACCGAAGCUUGCUGACUUUGGCCUCGGAAAGAUAUUGGGAGAGACUACACAUCAUCAUUCCAUGUCUUCAGUUGUGGGGUCUUACGGAUACAUUGCUCCUGAGUACACCUAUUCUGCUAAAGUAGAUGAGAAAAGUGACGUGUACAGCUUUGGAGUGGUGCUGCUGGAGCUGAUAACAGGAAAAAAGGCAGUGGAGGUGGAUCAUGGAGAUUUGAUUGAUGUAGUGAAGUGGGUCCGAGGAAAGGUCAAUACGAAAGAUGGUAUCUGGAAAGUUCUGGAUCCAAAGAUUAGAGAGAGAUCAGAGCAUGAGAUGAUGGCUGCACUGAGAAUUGCUCUCCUGUGCACCAGUGUACUUCCUCAGCGGCGGCCUUCAAUGCAAGACGUUGUUGAAAUGCUCCAGCUUGUGAAGUCUGCUGGUUCAUCAAACCCUGUAAUUAAGUUACCAGACAAUAUUUCUGAUUCUUCGCUACUCCCUUAAUUGUCCAGCUAAACUUCAAGAUUUCUCUUAUUUCUCUUUCAUUCAUAAUGACAGAGGACUGUAAAAUGGAUGACCAAGUAGCUUCUCUUUACUAGUCAAUUUAAAUCAUAUAAUAUCCUUUAUCUCGAAAUCUGUUUUUCUUAUGGCAACUGAUCCCAACCCCUUGGCAUAGUGCAUUCCGCUGGAUGGAAUGCAUCAGCUUGUGUAUAAGCCCGAGGUUCUUGUUGAAGAUGUAAUUCAACAGAUGAGGCAUUUGAUUAUUUGUGUAUUUCAUUGUAUUUUCAUUUUGUUUAUGAAUAUUUUUCUGUAUUGAAAAAUUAGAAUUCAUGGUA